CCAAAAUCCUGGCUUCGCUUCAAGUUCUGCGGUCGGGUUCCACCGCCUCGCUUAAAGAUCCAAGUUGAUUUUGCCGUAGGCAUAAACGAGAACGGAGCCUUAGCUGGCACCCCUGAAGCAAUUCGCCAAUCAAACGAUGUACAUGUACGAUCGGCUAGCGAUCGGUUAGCGGAAGCUCAUCCGACCGAAGCUACAGUAGCUCCCUCAUGCCACCCAACGUGGAUCAUUUAAGAAGCAAACAAUUCUUUCUUAUGUCUACCGUGGUUCGUUCUUCCCUCUACGGACAAGAUUGAGUCUUGACGCCGUUGUCUUUCAGAGAUCAACAGACUCGUGCAAUUAUGCGUGCUUGGUCCUUGUUCGGCGCCUUGUCUGCCGCUGGCGGGGUGGCUCUGGUGACUGCAGAUGUGAUUGAACCUUCGAAUUUCAAUGUGACUGAAGGGUUGGAGCAGCUGGGCGUCGAUGUGUCGAGCAUUCCCGCCUUGGAGUCAUUCAGUGGCAUUCAAACACGUUCAACCGACGGCGCAUGUGCCGCGGCUUGUGCAAGUUUGAAGUUUCUAUAUGGAUCCCAAAAGGUCAACGCGCAAAAUACGACCCUGUACAACAAUUUCACCAAUUCUUUCUGGUCCGAGCAACAAGAAGAAGUCCAGCCUUAUUGUGUCUUCCGACCCUCGGUGAACACGCAAGUCAGUAUAGCUGUCCUGUUGUCUCGACUAACUGGUUGCCCGUUUGCCGCCAGAAGUGGUGGUCAUGCGGCCUUUUCCGGGGCUUCCAGCAGUGCCGGAGGAAUCAGCAUCUGGUUCAAGGACAUGAAUGCGGUCACGCUCAACGCGGACAAGUCAGUUGCUUCAAUCGAGCCUGGUAACAACUGGCUGUCAGUAUACUCGGCACUUGAGCCGUAUGGACUGGCUACAAUUGGUGGUCGCGCCUCCAGCAUCGGUGUGGGUGGCUUCGUCCUGGGCGGCGGCAUUUCCUACCACUCCAACUUAUACGGUUGGGCCCUUGAUAAUGUUCAAAGCUUCGAGGUUGUCACUGCAGCCGGUAUAAUCGUCACUGCGAGUGAGACUGUUCUGCCUGAUUUGUACUGGGCCCUCCGUGGUGGCGGAAACAACUUUGGUCUUGUCACCAAGUACAACCUUUACACAAUUGCAUGCCCAACGAUGCGCGGAGGUGCCAGAAUUUUUACUGAGAACUAUUUCACUGAAGUCAUUGACGCCUUCAUCAACGUUGUGAACAACGCCACCUCGGAUGGUAAAGCGCAACAAUAUGUCGCCUUCCUUCAAAGCCAAGGUACAAACCUCGCCACGGCCGAGUUAACCUACGUUGAAGAUGUCGCCGACCCGGAAAUCUUCCAGCAAUACCGAAGCAUCCCUGCAAUUGCAGAUUCGACCAGCACCAAGACACUCGUCGAAUACGUCAAGUAUCUUGAGAGCGAGAAUCCUUUUGGAUACCGCGAAGUGUACUGGCCAAUCGCCGUGCAACUAAACGAGGAGUUCAGUAACUGGGUUGUGGAACUAUUCAUGUCAUUGAUCCCACAAGUGAUUGACCUCAAGGGUGCAGAGCCAGUGCUCAUCUAUCAGGGAAUUACCUUGCCAAUGCUGAAGAACAUGACCAACUAUGGUGGAAACGCCCUGGGAUUGGAUGCUUCCAUGGGCCCCAUUCAUCUUAUGCAUGUUUCCUUUUGGUGGGAUGAUCAGUCUGAUGACAACACAGUUUACGAGUGGGUUCAUAGCUUCUGGACCCAGGUCAUCGCAAAGGCUCAGGACUUGGGCAUCUACAACGAGUACAUCUACAUGAACUAUGCCAGCAUGUUCCAGGAUCCGGUUGCCGGCUACGGAGAAGCCAACAAAAACCGUUUACAGAAGAUUGCUAAAUUGUACGACCCGACUGGGGUCUACCAGACUUUGCAACCAGGAUACUUCAAGCUGAAUGGAUCACCUGUGACCUAUUCUCUCUAAGAGAUUGCGGGUGGAUUAGGGCAUGCUGUAUAUCUUGUAUAAUUAGUUCGAGAGUCAAUAUCUAUUGUGUAGAUUAAUGGAGUAUGUUGUCUUUAAAGUCUUGC